CGUCCUGCGGGGCCGGGCCGGGCCGGGCCGCGGGGGGAUCCGGCCGGGCCGCGCUGGGCCCGGAGCGCCUGACACAGCUCCGGGGUGUGAACAGCACCUGGACACGGCUCCCGGGGUGUGAGCAGCACCUGGACACGGCUCCCGGGGUGUGACAAGCACCCAAGCUUUGGAAACAUGGCUAAGGUUUUGCAUGAGACUGAAACCACUCCGGACAGUACCCCACCCAGAGAAGAACAGGACGACAAUGCCAGCAUGAAGCAGUACCUGAGAAACAAAAACCUUGUUCUGGAUUUCCUGCGCUCUGACCUGAACCCACACCAUCUCCAGUACCACUGGAACAAAGUUCAUCUUCUGAAGAAGUGUUACUUUUACUUGAAGUUUGAGCCCAGACACGUGUGCGUGAGAGACCAGAACAAUAUGAUGAUUUUUGCUGACAUCUUGCAAAUAGCAAACCCCUGCCAACUCCAGAAGAUCAAGAAGGUGGGGAAAAAACAGACUGAAAUCCAGCUGGCACUUUUAACUGAGCUGUUGGAGCAGCUGGAACGAGGUCGGGAGGAGCUGAGCCGUUACGUACAGAUCUGUGACGUAGAAGCUUUCCUCUCCCAGUGGGACUUGAACAUAAAGAGAGUGCUCAAGCUCUCCAUGUUUUUCAAUAAGCUCAUUUCCUUGGAAGAGCCAAGGAAGCUGCAUGUCAAGCACAGUUUGGUGUCACAGAUACAUCUCGGAGGUGCUCUACACCCUCCCAUUACUUUUUCUCUCUACACCAAGAAGCCGCCGAUUUUUGAUCGGAUAGAGUCGUUCGCGUGCCAGACCUGGGCCCAGCUCAAGUGGUUCACUGAAAGUCAGGAGUCACACCUGGAACGGUGGCAGCUGGAGAUCAAGCUGGUGACAGACGACAGUCAGACAGAACCAGGAUACGGCCGGACCCAGGAAGUCAUCUCCAACCCGUGUGUAAUCAACCACCUGCUGCCCGGCAGGUUGUACGAGUUCAAAGUGAGGAGAUCCGACACUCACACGCUCGUCUACUCGCAGUGGCACGACUGCAUUAUAUUGAAGACAAAAACUCACCCUGCUGAAGACGCCAAGGAAGCCCCCAACCGCAGCCUGAUGAGGCGGCUCACAAGACCGACUCCCUCAGUUUAAUGGUUUAAUGAAAAAGAUGAGUAAGAGUAAUUAAAAAUAAAUUGUUUAAACAGUUUGCUUUAAAUCAAA